GGUCGGGUCCGGCGGCCCGGGGCACCCGAGCGCCCGGUGCUCGGCGGGCGUCGGGACGGCCAUGGCGGAGGUCGCGCCGCAACCUCUGUCGCUGCCCUCGGGGCUGCUGGAGCUGUGCGCGCUGCUGGGCGCCCCUCAGGACAAGCUCCGCGGCCUCGAGCAGGUUGCCCCGACAAGGGGAGGCAGAAGCCUUCCUUCCCUGGAGCCAGAGGUGCUGUCUGUGUUUGUGCCUCCCUUCACGAGUGGAGAGGACAGCCAGGUGGCGGGCGCCGGCGGUGGCACGCUGGGCAAGGGCCGAAGACGCUCCUUCCGGAAGAGGAGAGACAAGCCCCGAGCCGAGCCCCCCAGGGAUCUCCAGGGUCACUCCAGGGGGCCAGACUUGGAGGGCGUCAGCAUCCCGGGCGGCGUGGACCUCCUUGCCUUGCCCCAGCUGUGCUUUCCAGGGGGCGUGUGUGCGGCCUGGGAACCCAAGGAGGACCACGUGCACUUCCUGGUCCUCACUGACGUCUGCGGGAACAGAACCUAUGGCGUGGUCGCCCAGUACCACCGGCCCCUGCACGACGAGUACUGCUUCUACAGCGGGAAGACUCACUGGGAGCUGUCGCGGCCCAGCGCAGGCACCGCCGGCUGCUUUGUGCCCUUCGCAGUGUGUGUGGUGUCCAGGUUCCCGUACUACAACGCCCUCAAGGACUGCCUGUCCUGCUUAUUGACCCAUCUGAAGCUCUGUAAAGACUUUGAAGUUGAUAAUCAUAUCAAAGACUUUGCUGCAAGACUGUCGCUGAUUCCCAGCCCACCACCUGGACCACUGCACCUGAUGUUUAACAUGAAGCCGCUACAGGUUGUGUUUCCCUCGAGAGCGGAUCCCGAGAGCCCCAUUGUGGAUCUAGACCUUCACCUGCCCUUGCUGUGCUUCAGGCCCGAGAAGGUUCUGCAGAUCCUGACCUGCAUUUUAACGGAGCAGCGCGUCGUCUUCUUCUCCUCGGACUGGGCCUUGCUGACGCUGGUCGCAGAGUGCUUCAUGGUGUACCUGCACCCGCUGCGGUGGCAGCACACCUUCGUGCCCAUCCUGUCCCGCCAGAUGCUUGACUUCGUCAUGGCGCCCACGUCCUUCCUCAUGGGCUGCCAUCUUGACCACUUUGAGGAAGUCAGCAAGGAAGCUGAUGGCUUAGUCCUGAUAGAUAUCGACCGUGGGAGCGUCACCUGUCCCGAGUCCCCCAACAACAACCUGGGCAUUCCUGAGGUCCCGCUUGCCGCGGCACAGGAAUUUAUUCAGAGGGUGCAGAGCCUCCAGCUGCAUCGGGAGCUGCACCUUGCUCACCUGAGCUCCAGCACAGACCUGAACGAGGGCCGAGCGCGCAGGCGCGCCUGGCAGCAGACGCUCAACUGCCGCGUCCAGCAGAUCACCCUGCACCUGCUCGUCAGCAUCUUCAGGGAAGUGAAGAAUCAUUUGAACUAUGAGCACAGAGUCUUCAACAGUGAAGAGUUUCUGAAGACCAGAGCGGCGGGGGACCAGCCGUUCUACAGGCAGGUCCUGGACACCUACAUGUUCCACUCCUUCCUGAAGGCCCGGCUCAGCCGCACGAUGGAUGCCUUUGCCCGGAUGGACCGCGAUACGCAGUCGGAAGAAGACAGGGAGAACGGAAUGCUGAUAAGCCCCAGAAGACCCACGGUGGAGAAGAUGGCCUUGCGGAAGCCCCCAGCCCUGCCCCUCGCCCACCGGCGCAUGGUGGUCAGCAUGCCCAACCUGCAGGACAUUGCCCUGCCCGAGCUGCCACCCAGGAACUUGUCUCUUCGUGUCAUGGGCAGCUCACACUGCCAGAGCAGCAGCCUGGCCCUGAACGUGGCCCCUAAGUGCACGUACACCUUCAAGAUUCCAGAAAUCCACUUCCCGCUGGUGAGGCAGUGUGUGCAGGCCUACUACGCAGACUUCGCCGGCCUGCUGAGCAAGGCCAUGGGGCUCCUGGCCCCCGACAACUCUCUGCUCCUGGCCAGGUAUUUCUACCUGCGGGGCAUCGUGCACCUGAUGCAGGGGCAGCUGCUCAGCGCCCUCCUGGACUUCCAGAACCUGUACAAGACAGACCUGGGGAUUUUCCCGGCCGACCUCGUGAAGGGGACAAUGGCAGCCAUGUCCACUGCCGAGCGCGCCCAGGCCGAGCGGACGCCCGAGCUGAAGAGGCUUAUCACCGAGGUCCUGGACAAGCUCGGCCAGGCCCCGAAGGCCGACGACACUGUGAAGAACUUCGAGCUGCCCAAGAAGCACAUGCAGCUGGACGACUUCGUGAAGAGGGUCCAGGAGUCCGGCAUCGUGAAGGACACCGACAUCAUCUGCCGCCUGUUCACCGCGCUCACCGUCGGCCAGCAGAAGCAAAUUGACCCAGAAACAUUCAAGGAUUUCUAUAAUUGCUGGAAAGAGACAGAAGCAGAGGCCCAGGAGGUGAGCCUGCCUUCACUGGUGAUGGACCACCUGGACAAGAACGAGUGCGUUUACAAGCUGUCCAGCUCCGUGAAGACCAACUGCGGCGUGGGCAAGAUUGCCAUGACCCAGAAGCGCCUCUUCCUGCUGACAGAGGGGAGGCCGGGCUAUGUGGAGAUUUCCACCUUCAGGAACAUAGAGGAGGUGAAGAGCACCAUGGUGGCCUUCCUCCUCCUGAGAAUCCCCACCUUGAAAAUUAAAAUGGUGUCCAAGAAAGAAGUGUUUGAGGCCAACCUGAAGUCCGAGUGUGACCUGUGGCAUCUGAUGGUGAAGGAGAUGUGGGCCGGGAGGAAGCUGGCCGACGACUACAAGGACCCUCAGUUUGUCCAGCAAGCGCUCACCAACGUCCUGCUCAUGGACGCCGUGGUGGGCGCGCUGCAGUCCCCCGGGGCCAUCUACGCCGCCUCCAAGCUGUCCUACUUCGACAAGAUGCGGACUGAAAUGCCCCUGGCGGUCCCCAAGACCACCUCGGAGACCCUAAAACACAAGAUCAACCCGUCGGCCGGGGAGCCGGGCCCGCAGGCUGUGGAGGUCCUGCUCUACACGCCAGGGCAUCUGGACCCAGCGGAGAAGGUGGAGGACGCUCACCCCAAGCUGUGGUGCGCCCUGAGCGGAGGCAAAGUGAUCGUGUUCGACGCGUCCUCCUGGACCGUGCACCAGCACUGCUUCAGAGUGGGCUCCUCCAGGGUGAACUGCAUGGUGAUGGCGGACCAGAGCCAGGUGUGGGUGGGCUCGGAGGACGCGGCCAUCUACAUCAUCAGCGUCCACAGCGUGUCCUGCAACAAGCAGCUCACCGAGCACCGUGCCGCCGUCACCGGGCUUGCCGCGCCCGCCGGCGGGAGGCCCAGCGAGCUGUACUCCUGCAGUGUGGACGGGACGGUGCUGGCCUGGGACGUGAGCAGCCUGCGGGUCACCGGCCGCUUCCAGCUGCCCUGCGGGGGCCUCACGGCCAUCAGCCUGCACAGCAGCCACCUCUGGUGCUGCGCGGGGAGCAGCAUCGUGGAGGUGACGGCCCGCGGCGUCCUGCGGCAGCAGCUGAGGAUCAACGGCGGCCAUCCGGAAGUGCAGGCCUCCUUCCUGGGCCUCCAGAUCCUGCCUGAGCAGGAGCAGCUGUGGGCGGCCUGCGCGGGACACAGCGAGCUCUACAUCUGGAGCCUGGGGGACCUGGCCCGGCCCCCCGAGAGCGUCCGCCUUCCAGACUGCUCCGAGAUCAGCUGCAUGAUCCGGGUGAAGAGGCAGAUCUGGGUGGGCGGCGCGGGCCCCUCGCAGGGACGGCCCCGGGGGAAGAUCUACGUGAUCGACGCGGACCAGAGGACGGUGGCCAAGGAGCUGCUGGCGCACGUGGACUGCGUUCGGACGCUGUGCUCCGCCGAGGGCCGCUACGUGCUCAGCGGGUCCGGGCCGGAGGAGGGCAAGAUCGCCAUCUGGAAGGUGGAGUGAGCGCCCGCCCGCCCGCGCCCCGCCGGCCUCCGCUCACACAUGCGGCCUCAGCUGCAGUUACCCAGUGGGUUUUCCAGAAUGUACCAGAAUCCACAAGCAGGGCCUGCACUGGAGCCACGAUCUUGGCUGCAUCGCAUGACUCCUCAGCAUUUGUUUUUCACACACCUGGACCUGACGGGGUGGUGGUGGCUGCUCACGUCCUGGUGAGCCCUAACCGGGGGCACCGAAGCGCCGGGCUUUUCUAUUGAAGGGCGCAGGGUGCGGUGCCCAGUGCGGCCGCCUCCCUGCCGGGUGCGGCACAUGCUGCGCAGGACGCGUGCGCAGUGAGCGGCGCUUUGCUGUUAGCCCGACUGCCACGUGUCCCAGUGUUGCAGGCUGCUGCCACCGAGGCAGGAGCCGUUCACCCGCAGCACGUGGCCCGCAGACCCGGGGCAGAGCUGCAGAGGACUUGCCCGGUGCCCGCCCGUCCCCGACCGGGCACAUGGUGCCCGCAAGGAGCGCUGCUGAUGUGGACGGUGCUCGCCGCCGACCCCCUCUCCCAGGGGUGGCUGUGGGGGCGCUGGCUCCCCGGAACACCAGGGUCUCUGCAUGGGAGCACUCACGGCUGGCAGGAAGGCGGUCGCGAAGGGCGGGGCUUAGCUGAGUGCACGGAGCCCCGCGGCGCAGGCCGCAGACGCACGUGAGCAUCAUUUGAUGCCUGUCCACGGCACUAGGAAACCCCGAGCGGGCGGCUUAGCUUCCUCAUUGUGGCCACUGCCAGUGGGCAGCGCUCUGGACGUGACCCGAGACAGGUGUGGACUGCCCGAUUCUCCUUGUCAAGUUAUUCCAAGACAGACUUUCGCGUUUCAUCCUGGACACGAUUCCCAGCAGCGGAGGCAGCACUGGAGCUGCCAGGGCACAGCAGCUCUGUGUGUGUGUGUGAGAGUGAGUGUGUGUGUGAUUGUGUGUGUGAGUGUGUGUGUAGGUGUGAGUGAGAUUUCUCGAGAGGAGGCAUGGUGAGCAGCACUCUCACCAGGGCAGGGGUAAGGAGACCCCGCCGCUUUGGGGGGCUUCCGCCUCUGAAGGAGCCCCAGGCAGGGCAGGCGCGAGCGUGGUUGUGCCUGGCUCUAGCAGCGUGAGUUAAGUUGGUGCCCAGUGUUGCCUUGGGGGAAGGGGCCGUGCUGACAGCUCUGCAGCGUGUGUCACGCGGGGCCUCAGUGGCUGGCUGGGGGCUGUGAGAAUGGCCGCCGCCGGUAACUGUCUAGGUGCUUUUUGGUUCUAGUACUAGGUCUUGAACUCAAGGCCUCAUUCUUUUGUACUAGUAGCCGGCGCUCUACCGCUGAGCCGCACCUCCAUUCUCACUUUUUCCCCUGGGUAAUGAGAUAAAGUCUCACAGGCUUCUUUGCA